AGAAGCUGCCGGUGGCAUCGAAAGUGAGCCAGCCACAACCGCGCACGAAAUGGAGGAAGACGACGAUUCGUCAGACUCGAUCACUGUUGAAGACGACGAUUCCGACGAAGCCGUAGAUUUAGUUUCGAUACUCAAAAUAAAGACGCCCGAGCAGCCGCAGCCGGCCGACAACACGUGGGGCGCUAUCAUGGUGGGCGCCGGAGUGCUGCUGGCCCUGGUCGCCGUGGGCGCCCUCUUCUUCCUCACCACCAUGGGUUUUAGAACCUCGAGCUCUCCCGGUGUGAAAACUGGCGGUCUCAGGAGUGGCGGCGACAGUGAUGACGGAGCUGGUCACGAUGCCGGCUCCAGUGAGCGUAGUGCCAACGUGACAGAAACUACUGCAGCCAGGCACAUCAACAUAGUGGACGUCACUCGCCACCACAAGGGUACUGGCCAGCUGGGAAACGGCAGCAGCGCCACCAUGGGCAACGCCAACGAGAACAGCACGGGUUCAGCGGGCGGGACAGAAAUGUCGGCCAAUGCAACGUCGAGCACCGGGAGUCCAAGAAGCAGCAGCGGCAUCAUUUCAAGCACCGGUGGCUUCUGGACGGGCGGCAACGCGACCACAACCCGGAGAAUCUCCUCGAUGCCCCCAGCGAGCAAGCUUAAACCGCUCGCUUACUCCGUGGGAAAGCCGAUGACCAAGACACCUCUGGUAUGCGUGUUCGGCAACCGCAUCGACUGGAGGAUGCACUUUCCGGACGACGGUCUUUGCGACCUCCUGUUCUACGACUCGCUCUACGGACACACGGACAACAGGUUCCAGACCACUGGCAACAAUUUCACGGCCGACCUUCGUCGAUGGCUGGCCUCCGUCAAGGCGUACAACAUCACCGAGGGCGGCCUUGGCGUGGCGUCCACGGGCGUGGAUCAAGCGCGCAACGAUAUCUCGUCGGCGAAAGGAAAGGCCACAUUCAAGAGCCUACUUGGUUCCGGCGUCUACCACUACGGCGUUCUCGACUUCGCUGCAACGAACAAAACGAAAGAAACAGACAUCACAGCAACGUUCGGCCUUCUGAAAGACUUGCGGGAACUGCUCAUCAGCUACGACACCAAGAAUAACAGUUUCGACCACCAUCUGGCCGUAGGCAUCACAUAUUUCAAGGAAGUCAACCAACAGAUAUACGGAAGCAUUGAGAAGGCGAUAAGUAAGGAGGCCAUCCGGCUCGUCAUCCUGCGCACGCAUCUCGGCAGCAGAGACGAGGUGGACCGCGAACACUGCCGCAUUACAGGAUCGACGGUGUGGGGCGAACCCGUCGCCCGAAUGCACCCUAGCAUCGAAAAAGCGCUGGACUACGUGCGGCAACGAGGGUCUUCCUUCAGCGAGUCCACGCGAAUCUUGCUGUCGGUGUCACUGGCCGGUCGGUGGUACGCAUCCCUGGCGGGAGGCGAGAACAAGAGCGCCUACGCGGUCGGUGCCAAGUGCAAGCCCUUCGAGUUCGCCACCGGCAUGCACGAACUCGACUCACGUGUAACUGCGUGCACCGAGCAGCACUACGCGGCCCACGUGACGAGGGACGAGCAUCGCGAAGUGAUGAGCACGUACGAAGAGAGCACCGGGCUAGCCUUUGUGUUCGAGAGCGAGCGGACGUUGUACGCCAAGGUUUGCAAGGCGAGAAAUAUCCUAACUGGAGUUCGGCCCAUCGGGUUGGCCGUGUUCGACGCCGAGUUCGACGACUGGUCCAACAUGUGCACCAGCUGGAACAAGUUCGGCAGCUACACGCUCAUGCGCACCGCACGCAAGGCGAUUGAUGCCAUCGGCGCGCAGAACGCUACGCGCGCGCUGGACUGCGCUAAGUUGCCAGUGUGAAUCAGCGCUGGCCAGUAAACGCACCCUGGAAUCCAUUGGCGUUGCCCCCAUAACCGCGUGUUCCUCUUUGCUCUUUGUUCAGUGUCUUCACCGUCGGCGAACAGUCACUGCGAUAGUGGAGCGUCGUCCCCCUCUAACGUGUCCAUUCUAUAUUUCUGCCGGAGCAAUAAAUUCGGCGGUACUCGCA